AACAGAGGAUGCAAGCCUUCAGUCUAGUUUAAACGAGCGUCAAGUUUGCUUCCGUUUGUCUGUGGUCACUGAUUUUUUUUUACAUCGGGUUUGCAUAGAGCAAGUAGACGUAUAGAAUCAUGAAAGUGGUCGUCGUCCUCUCGGUACUGGCCCUCUCGGCACAGACCGACGCCCAGUGUAUCACCGAAAAUGACCUGUACGUUCCCAAGACUCCACCAAAUCUCAACUCCGUCACGCCCUUCAGCACCAGGCUCUUCAAUGAAGUCCUCCCUUCGUCAGAAAACUUCUUCUUCUCGCCCUACAGCGUAUGGAUGGCCCUUGUCUUGACCUACUUCGGUUCCAAAGGCAACACGGAAAAGGAACUGCAGACGGUUCUUGCAGUGAGCGACAAGACGGAGGCGCUCGGCACGUAUAGAUCUUUGACGCGUCUGUACAGCGGAUCGAAGAGCAAGGAGUACACCAUUAACACAGCCAACAGGAUAUACGUGGACCAAAGCUUAUCCCUCAACGAAUGCUUGAAGGAAGCUCUCCCCGACGAAAUCAAGAAUAUCAAUUUUGCACAGCCUGACGAAGCCGCUGCAAAGAUGAACAACUACGUCAACCAUGCAACGCGCGGAAUGAUCCCACAGCUCGUGCAAUCGGGUGACGUCACAGAAGCAACGAUGGCGUUCGUCAAUGCUAUUUACUUCAAAGGAUUUUGGAAGAACCAGUUUAAGACUCAGGAUACCAAGAAGGAAAAAUUCUACGCUACUCCAGACGAUCACGAAUUUGUGGACAUGAUGGAGCAGACAGGCUGGUUUCGUUAUGGCGAGUCAAAGGCCCUCGAUGCCAAGGUCCUGGAGAUGCCCUAUCGAGGAGAAAGCGCCUCCAUGUACGUUUUUCUCCCGAAGGCCAACGAGACAGGGCAUGAGGUGGACGACAUGGUAAAGGGAGUCACGCCAGAGAUCCUCCAAACUGCCAUGAAGGACGAGCUAAACACCGCUAAUGUUGUAGUUCAAAUGCCCAAGUUCAAGUCGGAGUACACGCUUCGGGAUAGUUUGAAAAUGGCUCUGACCCGCAUGGGCCUUCGCGACCUCUUUUCCGCGGCGGCUGACCUGACGGGUUUCUCCCCUGCCGGAGGUCUGAGAAUCACCAAUGGCGUCCACAAGGCGGUCAUCGAAGUGAACGAAGAAGGCGCAGAAGCAGCGGCCGCCACAGCCAUAGUGUCCGGAAGGUCGUCGAUUUUACCGGACAUCAAACAUUUCACUUGCAAUCGUCCGUUUUUCUACUUCAUUCGCGACAACUCGAGUGAAAACAUCCUCUUCAUGGGAAUUUAUAGGAAGCCCUAGAUAUGUCUUGCAUCUUUGCAAUUGAAAAAUGGAGAUGUUAAUCUGGUUUUGGUUGCUCUUUUUAGGGAGUGAUGGAUUCCAGAAUGAAACACCUGGCAAGAAAA